AAAAAACCUCAUUGUUUCCACACAGUCUCUUCUCUCUCCAAUGCCGUCUCUCUUACGUGCUAAUGUGUGAUCUAAGAGGGGGGGAGAGAGAGAGAGAUAGCUUCAGUUUCUAAAAUACCCACUUCAAUUAUCAACCUCUUGAGGCAAUUGAAGGGCUCUCUCGCUCUUUCUCGCUUCCUUUUCGAGCUAUCCUCUAUGUUUUCUCAUGAAGGUUAUAUAUAAAGGGUUUGAAGGAAAUCUCAACUAUAUAUAUCAUGGGUUCUAAGCAUAAUUCAGGAAACAGAGGUCGAAGUCCAUUGUCUAUAUUUGCUGUUAUUGGUCUGUGCUGCUUCUUUUACAUUCUUGGAGCAUGGCAAAGGAGUGGUUCGGGUAAAGGAGAUAGCAUAGCAUACAAAAUAACCAAUCAGGCAGAUUGCAGUAUAUUAAAUAAUUUGAACUUUGAAACUCAUCACAAUGAUGUUGGAAUUAUUGAACCUUCUGAACCAAAAGCCAAAGUUUUCAAGCCUUGUGAUACCAAGUAUACUGAUUAUACUCCUUGCCAAGAACAAGACCGAGCUAUGACAUUUCCUAGGGAAAAUAUGAUAUAUAGGGAAAGGCAUUGCCCUCCAGAAGAGGAAAAAUUGCAUUGUCUUAUUCCUGCACCCAAAGGGUACACUACUCCAUUCCCCUGGCCUAAAAGCCGUGACUAUGUCUACUAUGCUAAUGUUCCAUACAAAAGCCUGACAGUUGAGAAGGCUGUGCAGAACUGGGUGCAGUUUCAGGGAAAUGUAUUCAAAUUUCCAGGUGGCGGAACAAUGUUUCCUCAAGGUGCUGAUAAAUAUAUUGAUGAACUUGCAUCAGUUAUUCCAAUUGCAGAUGGCUCUGUCAGAACAGCACUGGAUACUGGUUGCGGAGUUGCAAGCUGGGGUGCAUACUUGCUGAAGAGAAAUGCAAUAGCUAUGUCUUUUGCACCACGUGACAAUCAUGAAGCACAAGUACAGUUUGCAUUGGAGCGAGGUGUACCUGCAAUUAUUGGUGUUCUUGGAUCAAUACAUCUUCCAUAUCCUUCAAGAGCCUUUGAUAUGGCUCAGUGCUCUCGAUGUUUAAUUCCAUGGACUUCAAAUGAUGGUAUGUACUUGAUGGAAGUGGAUCGAGUUCUUAGGCCCGGUGGAUUCUGGAUCUUGUCUGGCCCUCCAAUCAAUUGGAAAACUUACUAUAAAACAUGGAAUAGAACUAAGGCGGAUCUCAAUGCAGAGCAAAGAAAGAUUGAAGAAAUAGCUGAGCUUCUUUGUUGGGAGAAAAAGUAUGAGAAGGGAGAUAUUGCUAUCUGGAGGAAGAAAAUAAAUGCAAAAUCCUGCAGAAGAAAGUCUGUCGAUACAUGUGCAACAGAGAAUGCCGAUGAUGUCUGGUACAAGAAAAUGGAAGCAUGCAUAACUCCUCUCCCUGAGGUAACCAAUGCAAAUGAAGUAGCGGGAGGAGAGUUGGAGAAGUUCCCAGCUAGACUUUAUGCAGUCCCUCCUCGAAUAUCCAAGGGACUUGUUUCGGGUGUUACAACCAAAACUUACCAAGAGGACAGUAAACUUUGGAAAAAGCGUGUGAAUGCUUACAAAAGAAUUAACAAAUUGAUUGGCACUACAAGAUAUCGCAAUGGGAUGGAUAUGAAUGCCGGCCUAGGAGGGUUUGCAGCUGCACUCGAAUCACAAAAAUCUUGGGUGAUGAAUGUUGUACCUACAAUUGCUGAAAACACUCUAGGUGUUAUUUAUGAGAGAGGUCUAAUUGGCAUGUAUCAUGACUGGUGUGAAGGCGUCUCUACAUAUCCAAGGACAUAUGACCUCAUUCAUGGUAGCGGUGUGUUCAGCUUGUACCAAAACAGGUGCAAUCUGGAAGACAUCCUCCUAGAGAUGGAUAGAAUCUUACGACCUGAAGGGACAGUCAUCCUUCGUGAUGAAGUCGAUGUCAUGGUUAAGGUUAAGAAAAUUGCUUCUGGUAUGAGAUGGGAUACAAAAUUGUUGGAUCAUGAGGAUGGACCCCUAGUACCGGAGAAGAUAUUGGUUGCAGUAAAGCAAUAUUGGGUUGGCAGCGACACCGACGGAAACAGCAAGUCUAACGAUGAGGAUGAGAGCUGACAAUAUAGCACCAAGGAAUGCUGGAAAUGUUUCUGGAAGUAAAAAGAGAGCAAUGGGUUGUGAGCCUUAGAAAUGAGUUUUUUAUUUUUAAUUAUUUUUCCUCAGCUUAUAUAGAUUUGUCAUUUGUGUUGGUGUAGAUUAUUUAUGAUUAUAGCUAGUUCUGUUUAUUUCACAGGAAAUUUGUAUCACAGGGUUAUGAAUAAGGAUCUGGAUACUCUCCAUUUAAAUGAAAUGGAAGGAAUAUAUAUAUUUUUCUUGGA